GCUCGUCAUGUGCAUCUAUCGCAGCACUCAGCAUUUGCAUAUUUUGCAAAAUAUUGAUAACAAAUCAGUUCUAUAUAAAUUGAUAGUUCAUUAACAGCUAUUCUCCAGUGCAUUUGGACUAGCCAUACGGUUAACAUAGAACAUAAGAAGAAUAAAAUCCGCAGUAUGCCGUCAUCGCAUAUAAGCUUAAUUUCGGCAAUUUUGGUCAGUUCAGUGUUAUGUUGCCUGGCUGGAGACAUAACAAUCCAUUCCGAAGACGAUGAAUGUGUAUCAUUUACGUCGUGUUCCUCCUGUUUGAACAAAAACGUGUGCACAUGGUGCGUAGCCAAAAGCCUGUGCACCAAACAACUGUGUGGAAAUGAUAACGUCAUAUAUCCCCGACAGGUGCCGGCCCUUUUGUCCGGACCAGAUUUUUGUCCUCGAAUCGCUGGGUUCGAAGUAUCGACUUACGAAAGUGGUAAAAGACAAAUUUUGACUGUGAAGUUAGCUGAAAUAUAUCUUUUCAUGGCGUUUACACCAUGGAAAUGCAAUAUACAGUUAAACAAUAAAAAUUUCAUCGUACCGGCAAUAUUGGUUGGGGAAUCCGUGUACUGCGAAUCGUUUGAAAUGAGAAAUGACUCUGAGGAACCGUAUAUCGAAGGCACUGUGAAGGUGUUGUGGAAUUACAAUAAGGCUUUCGAUGGAUCGCUCCCUUUCAAAGUUUGCCGAUGUGACUUGGAGCCGAAUUGUGUAGCUUGUAACAAAAAGGUGGAAAAAUAGCGGUUCAGAAGCAGGUUACGAAAUAGAGCUGUGUAUUGUGAGUACGGUAAAGCUUUGGUAAAGUUCGGGAAAUUGUAAAGGAAUCUAAUCUGAUCUUUGCAUCAAUCUUACUUCGACUAUUGGUGAAACUUGACAAAAACUUUAAUGCUAUUUACUUAUUACUUUUGCCAUGAUAAGUAUUUUUGAUGAUUUUGUAUAGCUAUAUUUAUAUAUUUUGUAUAACUUAGAGUAAAGACUUGUUGAUGUUUCUUAUCGUGAGAUAGAGCGCAUGAAUUUGCGGACGAUGUUCUUUCUAUGAAAGUACAGAUUAUCCCAGAAUAAACGAGUGUACAAUAAUAAUUAUUA